UUCGGAAUGGUUAAGCCUCGUUUUUGAUUGUGACGGAAUUGUGUUCCGCUUAUAAAGAAAUAAGCGGACAUUUAAAUAUUACAACAUCGUACCAUGGGUGGAAAUCAGACAAAAAACGAUGGAAGGUAGCCACGAAGAUGGUAUGUCCCUUGUGCGUGUGCGUGCACAGGUGAUGACACGAGAUGAUUCAACUGGAGGCUGGGUUCCUUUGGGAGCAGGAGGUUUGAGUCAUGUCUCAGUUUGUAGGAAUUCAUCAAUUGAGGAAACUGAGCGAACAGAAUAUCUCAUAUUUGGAAAAAGAAUUGCAGAUCAAUCAGUAAUUCUUAGCUGUAUUAUAAAAAAAGAUUUCCAGUAUAAUAAAGUAAUGCCAACCUUCCAUCACUGGCGUACAGGAGACAAAAAAUUUGGCCUUACCUUCCAGACUGCAGCAGAUGCAAGGGCCUUUGACAAAGGAGUUCGAGCAGCCAUCGAAGACCUCUCAGAUGGAACUGGUGAUUUUCCAAAUUUUCAUGAUUCAGAUCUGGGAGAUGAUGAUGUUUUCAUGGCACUUGAGCUCCCCAUUGACUCGAGGUCUUCCUCUGGCUCAAGCACAUUCAGUGGAGGCUCUUUCCGACCUGGAUCAGGCACACCUUUCCAAUAUCCAGAUAUGGGCUCCUCCACAUCACCUUACAUGCACAUGUAUCAUCCACAUGGCAACCACCAUCACUUGCAUCGUAUGAACUUUGUGAGAUCUCCGCGUUUUCCCACGAGCAUCAAUCCCUCUUCUGGCAACCCUCCAUUGGGUGGACAAAAUUACCAUAGUGAAGAAGCAUGGACAAAGGACAUGACAGUAGCUUCACGAAAAGACUAUUUAGAUUCUGAUAAAAUUGAAUUGUCCGGAGAUCUCAAUUCCUAUGUGCAGCUAUCUCGAGAUAAGGGUGCAAAAAAGGAUCAUGACUACUCUUACCCAGUCAUGGACAGUUACAAAUCGACUCGAGGAGAACCCCCUCGGAAAAAUCCUUUCGACGCGUUCAGUAGCCAGCCUGCCCCCCGUCUCCCUGUCAAAGCGAAGAAAAAGAAAGAUUGGCGCAAGAAAGAUAACCGGAAAACCAUGUCUUUUGCUCGUGCGCAGUGCCGCUAUUGCCUGGAAACAUACUCCGAAGCCGAUAAUCAUUGUGGCAGCUGUGAGUAUGCACCGGACCCUGUGCUAGCAUGCAUUGGUGCUGCAACAUGCCUCUCUUGUGCUCAGUGCAUGUUAUACCAUUGCAUGUCCGAUAGUGAGGGGGAUUUCGGGGGGCAUGAACAUCCUUGUUCUUGUGACACUUCAGAUAGGCGCUGCCCUAAGCGUUGGACUGCCCUUGCGUUACUCUCUCUGAUUGUGCCCUGUCUCUGGUGCUACCUUCCGUGCCGUGCCUGCCAUCGAUGUGGAGUGCGAUGUGGUGUGUGUGGUGGCAGGCAUGACCCUGCCUGAGGAAUUGCAUUUUUGUUAGAUAUGAGUAUUGACUACAUUUCAUCAAAUAGUGGUGGCAAAAUGGAAACAUCCAACUUCGUACUGAUCAUAAUGUGAUGACGCAACUUGUUUUGCAAAUGAGUUUAGAGGAUGUUUUCACAUUGUGAUUCUUAGGACCAGGUGAAUGUUGAUAAGUCACACUAAGCAGA